GUCAGACGACAAAAUAAUAAUUAGUAAUCUGCAAAUUAAUUUGCUAAAAUUGUUUAAUCAUUAAAUUUGUUUACUAAAACAAUGCACUAGUAAAUAAAACAGCAAAAUUCUCAACUGUUCCCAAGUACCAUUAUAUCUGAAAUAACGAAACAACAAGUACGCUUUGAGGUUAUGUUUGUAAGCUUCUGACCAAAACAACCAUGGUUUGCGAGAAAUGUGAGAAGAAACUUGGUCGUGUAAUUACCCCAGACCCCUGGAAGACCGGGGCUAGGAACACCACGGAGUCAGGUGGCAGGAAAGUGGGAGAAAACAAAGCUUUGACGGCUUCAAAAGGACGCUAUAAUCCGUACACUUCUAAGUUCCAAGAAUGCAAGAUCUGCCGUACAAAAGUGCACCAAGUUGGUUCACACUAUUGCCAGGCGUGUGCAUACAAGAAAGGAAUUUGUGCGAUGUGCGGGAAGAAGAUAUUGGACACUAAGAACUAUCGGCAGAGCUCUACGUAGUGUUUAAUGCGGAUUAGUUUUAAGUUUAUUAUAAUGUGAGAUGUUAAGGCAAAACUUGUAUGCAACUGCAUGAGACCAUUUCAAUCGGGUGCAAAGAUAAACCCCCCUGGAGCCCACCGCAUGUGACCUUCAUGAUUAUGCUGCACCAGCACGUGGGUCAUCCAGCUCUUUAACGAUGGCCCUCCACUGGUCCAACAAUCAAUGCGUUCUCAAGCCUGUCAGGAUCUCAUCUGGCCAAAUGGCCAAAGAAGCGCUGGUUCAACACAAUCACGAACAGGGCUCGGAUACCGGUAAAAUUUUCAAACCGUUAUCAUGUACAAAAACGGCAAAACCUUU